AUGAACCUCUCAAAUACUGGCAGCAAUUUCACAACAGCUGUGUAUCGGGACACUUUAAACACAGCUAUAAUCAAGAAUGUGAUUACUGUGGUUCUCUGCAUCUCCAUCAACUAUGUCAACAGUACCCUGGUGUACACAUUCACAAAACAUCAGGUUUUCAAAAUGAACCCUCGCUACAUCCUGUACAUCCACCUGGUGAUCAACGAUAUUAUCCUGCUGAGUCUAUUUAUUCUCGUUCAGGUCCUGAGUUACAUCAUUUUCACUCUUAACGUCUCUCUAUGUAUCGUUCUGCUAAUGAUUUCAAUAUUUGCAAAUCUAAACAAUCCCCUAACACUUGCAUUUAUGGCAGUAGAGUGUUACAUCGCCAUAUGCUUCCCUCUCCGCCACACCCAGAUCUGUACAGUCAGGAAAACGUAUGGUGUGAUUGGCCUGAUUUGGGCAAUAAGUAUACUCUCGAUCCUACCAGAUGUAUUUGUGGCCUUGGCAACAGAAUCCCUGGAAUUCUUUCAUUCCAGAGUUUUUUGUCUCAGAGUCAAUGUUUUCAGAAACUCUAAUCUGACAGUGAAGAGAGAUGCCUCCAACUCAGUGUUUUUGGUCACUGUUUGGCUCACUCUUUUCUAUACAUACUUCAGGAUCCUGUUCGCAGCAAAGGCAGCUGCCACAGAUGCCAAGAAAGCGAGGAACACUGUCCUCCUCCACGGCUUCCAGCUGCUGCUGUGUAUGCUCACCUACAUUUAUGAUCUCAUAAUACAGGGUCUGACAUUCUUGUUCCCAAACGAGGUGCUGGCCAUUCGCUUCACUGUCUCGAUAUUUAUUCAGGUACUGCCUCGACUCAUCAGUCCAGUUGUUUAUGGGCUACGAGACAAGACAUUCAGGAAGUACCUGAAAAGAUAUCUGCUCUGUACAACAAAGAUGCCGUAAAUUCCUGUUUUUGGCUUGCUUAUGCGAUGAUUACAAUGUUUUAUAAUAAAGGGAUAGUUUGGAUCUUUUCAAGUGUGAUUGUAUGUGGGUUUUGUGUAAACUGAACUGAGACUCAUCAGAGGCCUGUACUACGAAGCAAGAUUUGGCGUUAACAAGGUAACUUCAGGUUCAACCCAGGGUUUUCUGUACCACGACCGUGGAUCACUUGUUCCCGGGUUAAAUUGGCAUGGUAAUUUACGCUGAACACCUAACCUGGUGGUGUAAAAG